AUGGCGGCUGUACAUUUUGCCACAAUACCAAGCGAGCCCUACAUAGCGCACAAAAUGCUGGCCAUUGCAAUCUUUUUCCUUUUCCAAACAACUAACACAAGAGCUCAAGAAUCAAUGCAAGCUGUCUUUGAAAUAGUGAACAACUCUAUUCUCUUUGAUGAAACUCCUUUUUCUGAACGAACAUCUGAAUCUUUGACAUCCUGUUCACGGCAAUGUACCAGGGACAAACGCUGCAAGAGCGCCAACUUUAUCAAAAGCGAGGAGAUGUGCUCUCUUACGAAGAAAACACGGAGAACACAUCCGCUACUAUUUCAAAGACAAGACAACACAAUUCACCUGCUAAAGAUCGAUUCAGACCUUGUAUCAUCCGUUGUGUUACUAACAGAAUUUUGCCUCUUUCGCGUAGGUUCCACUCAAGAGCUGGCUGUUCCCUCGUGCAAGGCUCUGCACUCAAACCUCCAUCCUAGUGGCAUGUAUUGGGUCGAUGUAGAUGGUGGAUCCCAUGCCAACGCGUUCAAGGUCUACUGUGAAAUGGAUACUGAUGAAGGAGGCUGGACUCUAGUGUGGAGUUACACGUUUACUGAUUACGGGAAUUUUGAUGCCAACACAAACGCAGUUACCCCCAGACCUAAUUGGCGAGCCCAGGCUGGUGUGAAUGUUCCAAUAUCUACGAAAUCACCAGCAAAUGAAACUGACUACAAUGCCAUGGAGUUUUCACUGUGGAAGGAGUUUGGGGAGGAAUUCCUCAUCAAGAGCAACAUCAACAAGUGGUUGAUUUGUUCACCAGAUGCAGGAAGUUUGGUAGAGUGGAAGACUGGGAACGUCACCUGUAAGAUCGCCAAGCAAGUGGCUGACACAUGUUCAAAUGGGCUUCCACCUUCGCAUCUCAGGGCUGGAGGUUUUUGCGGACCAGCCCUUUUAUGGAAAGGUGGUGGACAGUGCUAUUACUUCGUUGGCUGCACAGGAAGAGGCAAACUUGCACAUAACCCCUGUAGAAUGGGCGAGGACAAUCGCCUGAGAAAUGUAGAAAAUCCUCAUGGGAAUAUUUUUGUUCGCUAAGAUUUGAUGCGCAUGUCAACUUGAUCACACCGGGACUUGACUGAGAGUGGAUACCAUUCUCAUGCGAAAAACGCAAUUUCCUUUUCUUUGAUCAGUUUUAAAAUUAUUGUUUUUAUAGUUGUCUAUAAUUUCGAUCAUUUCUGCCUGUAGUGUCUGAUUUAAGUUUAAGUCAAUAUACUGUACAUACGGACUUUUGACGAAGAUUCCUGAUGUUUCUUGCGCUUUGUCAUAUGAGGGUUUGCAUGGAGCUUAACUGAAAGUGGCAAAUUAUUUGACAUUGCGAAGGAACUUAGUCACGGUAUUUAUAGUAGUUUACUGAAAUAGAAAAACACCACUGAGUUAUAAUAAACUAUAAAAGAACAAGGAUGAUUAAGGACGGAGAAGUUAAUAUGGAUUACAAGCGACGCACU